AUGAGCUUAGAGAACGAGGAGAUGCGCGCUCGCACCAGAUCCAAGGCCCUGCGAGCACCCCUGGAGCCCACCGGUGCCGAGCUCAGCUGCCCCACGCCGGGAUGCUCGGGCUCAGGGCACACCCGCGGCAAGUACUCCAGGCACCGGAGUUUGCAGAGCUGCCCUCUGGCCAAGAAGAGGAAGCUGGAGGGCCCCGAGGCCCAGCACCUGGUGUCCACACGGAAGUCACCCCCCUUGAAGCUGGCUCUGGGUGAGGGCUACGGCGCGGACAGCGACGGCAGCGAGGACGCCGAGGUGAAGGACGCCUCUGUGUCAGAGGAAUCGGAAGGAGCUCUGGAGGAGGCCGAGGCCGAGAUGUCAGGACAGGAGGAGGCUCGGCACCCCCCACCAGCUGAAGGAAGGAGCCCCGUCCAGUCUCAUUUCGGCUCCAAUCCCAUCGGCACCGCCACGGGCUCCUCCAAAGGCAGCUACAGCAGCUUCCAGGAGGUCAUUGCCACUUCCCUCCUAGACCUGGGCCACGUCUCCAAGGAGCCCCUGGUCAGGGAGGGCUCCGGCCAGCAGGCCGCGCCGGGCCCCGGGGGCCUGCUCCUGGUGCAGGAGGCAGCAGGAGGGGAGAAGGACAUCGAGGAGGUCAUUGAAGUCACCAGUGAGUGCGCUCAGGGGCCGGGGCCCCAGUUCCCCGAGGGUGUGGCCAGCGAGGAGCUCUGCCAGCAGACAGUCUCUGAGGGCCAAGAGGAGGGGGAAGCUGAAGAAGAGGAGGAAGAGGAAGAAGAGGAGGAGGAGGAGGAGACCGAGGACGGGGAGGAUGAAGAGGACGAGGAGGUCACUCCUGAUGUGACCUGCCGGAAGAGCACCCCUCGUUCCCCCCCAGAACAGGCCCCUGGGCCCCCCUGCCGCAAACCAGAGUACUCGGUCUUGGUGGAGCUGCGGUCUGAGGACGGCAAGGAUGAGGACUCCAACUCCCAGAAGUCCGCGGUCACAGACGAGUCCGAGAUGCACGACGUGAUGACACGGGGGAACCUGGGCCUCCUGGAGCAGGCCAUCGCCCUGAAAGCCGAGCAGGUGCGGGCGGCGUGCGAGCCCGCAGAGCCGGGCCUGGGCGAGCCGGCGAAGGUGGCCAGGCCUCUGGAUGCGGUGCGGAAGACCUACUGCAGCAAAGAUUCCUCAAGAGCAGAGAAACGUGAGAUCAAGUGCCCAACCCCGGGCUGUGACGGCACUGGGCACGUGACAGGGCUGUACCCGCACCACCGCAGCCUGUCCGGAUGCCCCCACAAGGACAGGAUCCCUCCAGAGAUCUUGGCCAUGCACGAGAACGUGCUCAAGUGCCCCACCCCUGGCUGCACGGGCCAGGGCCACGUGAACAGCAACCGGAACACACACAGAAGUUUGUCUGGGUGUCCCAUUGCUGCUGCAGAAAAGUUAGCCAAAUCUCACGAGAAGCAACAGCCGCAGACAGGAGAUCCUUCCAAGUUGGACUCCAACUCAGAGCGGAUUCUCAGACCCAUGUGCUUCGUGAAGCAGCUCGAGGUCCCUCCAUAUGGAAGCUACCGGCCCAGUGUGGCCCCUUCCACGCCCAGGGCCAACCUGGCCAAGGAGCUGGAGAAGUUCUCCAAGGUCACCUUUGACUACGCAAGUUUUGAUGCUCAGGUUUUUGGCAAACGCAUGCUUGCCCCAAAGAUUCAGACCAGCGAAACCUCACCUAAAGCCUUUAAAUCCAAACCUUCCCCAGGGCCUCCUCCCACACAGCUCCUGCUCUCCACCCUCUCUGCAGGCUUCGACUACUCGCAUGACGCGGAGGCUGCGCACAUGGCCGCCACCGCCAUCCUGAACCUCUCCACACGCUGCUGGGAAAGGCCCGAGAACCUCAGCACGAAGCCACAGGAAGCGCCUGGCAAGGCGGUGGCCAUCGAGGUGGAUGAGCACGGGACGCUGGACCUGAGCAUGCGCAGGCACCGCAGGCGGGAGGGCGCAUUCCCGGGCGGCGGCGGCCCCGGGGGGAAGGCUCCCGAGGCCUCCCAGCACCAGAGCAGCACCAGCGCCCCCGGCAGCUCCAUGACGCCCCAGUCCAGCCAGGCCUCCCACCAGGAUGAAUGGGACCGGCCUCUGGACUACACCAAGCCCAGCCGCCAGCGAGAGGAGGAGCCUGAGGAGUCAGAGCCAGCAGCCCCUUCUUUUGCUUCUUCUGAAGCAGAUGACCAGGAAGUGUCUGAAGAGAAUUUUGAGGAGCGGAAGUACCCUGGGGAUGUCACCCUGACCAAUUUUAAGCUGAAGUUUCUCUCCAAGGACAUAAAGAAGGAGCUGCUCACCUGUCCCACCCCAGGCUGUGACGGCAGCGGCCACAUCACCGGGAACUAUGCCUCCCACCGCAGCCUCUCUGGUUGCCCUCUUGCUGACAAGAGCCUCAGAAACCUCAUGGCUGCUCAUUCUGCUGACCUCAAGUGCCCCACCCCUGGCUGCGACGGCUCUGGCCACAUCACAGGGAACUACGCUUCGCACCGCAGCUUAUCAGGCUGCCCUCGCGCCAAGAAGAGCGGAGCCAAGCCGACGCCGACGAAGGACGACAAGGAAGACCCCGAGCUGAUGAAGUGCCCAGUUCCAGGCUGCGUGGGGCUCGGCCACGUCAGCGGCAAGUAUGCCUCCCACCGAAGCGCGUCGGGCUGCCCGCUGGCUGCCCGCAGGCAGAAGGAGGGCUCCCUCAAUGGCCCCUCGUUCUGGAAGUCCCCAAGGAACGAGGGGCCCACCUGCCCCACUCCGGGCUGCGACGGCUCGGGCCACGCCAACGGGGGCUUCCUCACCCACCGGAGUCUGUCCGGCUGUCCCAGAGCAAGCUUUGCUGGAAAGAAGGGAAAACUCUCAGGGGAUGAUGUUCUUGGCACGAAGUUUAAGACUAGUGAUGUGCUGGAGAACGACGAGGAGAUCAAGCAGCUGAACCAGGAGAUUCGAGACCUGAACGAGUCCAACUCAGAGAUGGAGGCCGCCAUGGUGCAGCUGCAGUCCCAGAUCUCCUCCAUGGAGAAGAGCCUUCGGACCAUCGAGCAGGAGAACAAGCUCAUCGAGGAGCAGAACGAAGCCCUGUUCCUGGAGCUGUCGGGCCUGAGCCAGGCCCUCAUCCAAAGUCUCGCCAACAUCCGCCUUCCGCACAUGGAGCCAAUAUGUGAACAGAAUUUCGACGCCUACGUGAGCACCCUCACCAACAUGUGCUCCAGCCGGGAGAGCUACCAGAACCCCGAGCACAGGGCCCUCCUGGAGAGCAUCAAGCAGGCCGUGCGGGGCAUCCAGGUCUAG